AGCUAUGUCGCCCAGUCAGCUUCUUGUGAUCUACGCUUUGCUGGCCCUAAAUACUCGUCUAGUAUUUGGCCAAACCACGAUUGAUUGCCAAAGACCACCGCAACCAGUGGAUCCCGCACUCUGCUGCAAGGAUGGGGGUCGCGACCAGGUGGCUGAGCAGUGCGCCCAGCGGAUUUUAGGAGCAGCAAAUGGACAGAAGGCAGGAGGUCCUCCAUCGUUGGACACGGCAGCAUGCCUAGCUGAGUGUAUCCUCACAUCCUCCAAGUAUCUUGAUGAGCCACAGAAACUAAACUUGGCCAAAAUACGCAGUGAUCUCUCCGCCAAGUUCUCCAACGAUACCCUCUACGUGGAAACCAUGACCAUGGCGUACUCCAAGUGUGAGCCACAAUCGCAGCGCAGACUGGCCAUGAUCAUGCAGCAGCAACAACAGGCGGAGCAGCAAAAGCCCCAGCAGCAACAACCAAGAUGCAGCCCCUUCUCAGCCAUCGUCCUUGGGUGCACCUACAUGGAGUACUUCAAGAACUGCCCCGAUCAUCGGUGGACUCCAAAUGCCCAGUGUGCUCUGGCCAAAGCCUACGUGACGCAGUGCGGUUUGGGUGCCUAA